AUGUCUACUGCAAGUCUGACGAAUGCCCAGCAGGUCAGGGACUUUGUCGAAACGAAACACGACAAGCCAUAUGAUGCCAUUGACCCGAGGAAGGUAGAACUGUCACAGGGCUUUGUCGUGUGCAUCAUUGGCGCUGGAGGAGCUGCAGGUUCUGGGCUGGCAAGGUCUUUUGCUCAAGCCAGUGUUGCGGGCAUGAUCAUUGCUGCUCGAUCGCAAAAGACGUUGGAGGCAACAACCACGGAGGUUGGUGAUAUCAAUGCAUCGAUCAAGGUUGCUUCUGUGGUGUGCGACAUCACUUCCAACGAGAGCGUGGCCAACAUAGCUUCGACAGUGAAGAGCCAGUUCAACGGGAGAUUGGAUGCCGUGUUCGUCAACUGCGGGUUCUCGGGUCCCCUUUCAAAGGCUACAGUUCUUGAAGAAGACUUUGAGGAUGUACAAAAGGCCUUCGCCACACACUGUCAGGGUACAUGGCUUGCCGCACAUCACCUUUUACCCUUCCUUCUUGAGAGUACAGGCAGUUUUAUCGUCAUCAGUUCCAUCUCAGCUCAAAGUCUGAUCGGAUUCGGCACAACAUCUCACUAUUGUACCAGCAAGCUUGCUCAAGCUCGUAUGAUCGAGAUGCUGCAUGCCCAGUACGCCGACAAGGGCAUUUUUGUGGCCAGUGUGCACCCAGGUGGGAUGCAGAGUGAGUUCUCGAGGACAGCAUCGAAUGAUAUUCAGCACCUCUUGACCGAUAGCCCAGAUCUCGUUGGGGCGUUUUCUGUGUGGUUGCUAAAAGCUGAAGGGAUGGGAAGGCGACGCGGUGCAUUGAACGGACGAUGGCUUUCUUGCAAAUGGGAUGUUGCUGAGUUGGAGGCGAAGUUCGAUAGCAUUCAGCAGCAGGAUCUUCUGAAGUUCCGGAUGGUUGUUUAG